AGCAUAGCUUCGUUCCUUUUCCUCAAAAAGAAAUAAAUCAAAUGAACAAUCUUAUCGAUCCCAACAUUUUAAACAAAAAUGCAGGAUGAUUUACACCACAAAAUUCAAUUAUUAACGUUGGUCUCAUCUGUCAUAAUCCACUGCUGUUUUAAAGCACUGACAGCUGCUUUUUGAUCUCAGGCUUUGUUUGAACGGCUCAGGAUUGUUUUUAUCGUUACUGAAAAACUACAAUUAAACAAAGCAGCCAUCUGGAAAUGAAACGAGCCGUUUGAUAAAGCAGACGCUACGAAUGUCGGCCUUUUGAUUGGCUCUGUCCUUUGUGUUUGCCUGCAGGUCUGGAAUGUCAUUAUGGAGCAGAACAGCCUUCAAGAUCAGAAUCAGAAUUACACAGUGCCGAGGAACAUGUUAGGAUAUGGAUUCUAUUCGGUGAUGUCCAACUUCCUCAUCGAGAAAAAGAUCGGCCGCGGUCAGUUUAGUGAGGUUUAUAAAGCCACUUGUUUACUGAACAACCAGCAAGUGGCAUUAAAGAAAGUACAGAUCUUUGAAAUGAUGGAUGCUAAAGCCCGGCAGGACUGCAUUAAAGAGAUCGACUUGUUAAAGCAACUGAACCAUCCAAACGUCAUUAAGUAUUUGGACUCGUUUAUAGAAGGAAACGAGCUGAAUAUCGUUCUGGAGUUAGCAGGCGCUGGUGACCUUUCCCAGAUGAUUACGUAUUUUAAGAAGAAGCGGAGGUUGAUUCCUGAACGAACGAUAUGGAAGUAUUUUGUGCAGCUGUGCAGCGCGCUGGAACACAUGCACUCACGCAGAGUCAUGCAUCGAGAUAUAAAACCAGCCAACGUCUUCAUCACAGCUACUGGA